CCCUGGAAGCAAAUGUUUUUGAGGUGACACUUGCCUGUUAAUCUGCUGUUAUUUGGUCAUGUUAACUUGUGUAGAGUUAUUUUAAUAGUUUAUGUUAUUAAAUCAGUCCAUCAAUGAUACUUAUCAACAGAUAUGGAAUAAAAAUUGGUUCUGCUUUUACACAUUGCCAACGGUACUGCAGUUCAGCCAGGAAAACGUAUCGGGAAAAACGGUUAUUAGGUUACUCCAAAGAACAACUUUAUAAUAUAGUCUCUCGUGUGGACGAUUAUCAUUUAUUUUUACCAGCAUGUACUAAAUCAGUGGUCACUCAUCGUGAACCCAAUCUAAUCAAAGCUGAUCUAGUCAUCGGAUUUCCACCCAUGAUCGUUGAAAAAUAUACUUCUCAUGUUGAUCUGGACCGUCCAAAUCUGGUUAGAGCGCGAUGUUUUGAUGGACGCUUGUUUAAACAUUUGAUUACGGAAUGGAAAUUUAGCGAUGGCAAACCUGGUAACCCACGAUCAUGUACUCUUGACUUUUUCAUCGACUUUGAAUUUAGGAAUCAUUUCUACUCUCGAGUUGCUCAUUCAAUAUUCGAUCAAUUAGUUCAUCAGACUGUUAAUUGUUUCCUUAAAAGAGCAAAAGAUUUAUAUGGAAAACCUAGUAUUUAAAGUGAUUUACCAAUAUUCUUCAGAGACUUUUAUUUAUGUUAUAAAUUAUUGUGCAGAAACCUUCCUUAUGAAUAAGAUUCAUGACAUUGUUUUUCAAAACGCAUAAUCUGCCAAUUUUCUGGUCUUUCUGUUAUACUUAACAAAUCUUAAUAUAAAAAUUGUUGAAUUUUAAACUGUUGAAUUGUAAACCAAAAUGUACUCCAACGAAAUUACUAUUGAUAAAUAAUUUAUUUUUAUGCCGAA